AAUAAAUCCUAAAUGCUUGCGUUUAAAAAAAAAGGUGUAGGCAAUAGAUGCACACAUCUCCAGGUUGCAGAGAUUCAAAGAAGAGAACACUCGAAUUAAAAGUGGAAACUCGAAUGUAAAAUUUGGCCUCAAACCGACAUCGCAUCGACCACCACAUCAUUCCAAGGAGGUCUUAAGCAAGAUGGACACACUCUCGGAACCUCAAUUCGUGCAACCUCGCAGAAGCCCCCUUCUUAGGAAGCAGAAAGAAACUGUUAACGGUCAUGAGGUGGUACGGCGGAGCCAAUACUUGGAUGAUUCCGAUCCCGACUCCUCAGAGGUUUCCCUAAGUGCGGCUUCAUCGCGGUCGUUCCAAAGUCAGAACAGUCGCAAUGUGGCCAUAGACAAUCGCACGGGGGAGGACAUUGCAAUCAUCCAACGACAGACUCGAACCAACUCGAAAAGUGGAUGGAAGGCGAAGCAGAAAUGGACCACUGAUGCCGGGACUAAACUGGUAGGAACAGCUGACCCCAUUCUGUGGGCACCCGUCAGCACAACCGACACGGACGACAAGGGCUGGAUCUACACCAACGGCGUCUCUAGGGUGCCCCAACUGUUUGAGGAUCAGCACAGUAAGAACUGCGACAAGCUGCACACUGUGCGCUAUCGUCGGUGGCACAUGUUGACACUCAUUGAGCGUCGCGAUGACCUUGAUCCGGUGCCACUCACCACUGAGCAUGAGACCAAGUACCUGCUACUGUCUGUGUUGCGAGGGUAUGACCUGUCCAAAAUAAGUGGUGCACGUACCCUGUACCGCAUGUCCAAGAAGCACGAGCCCUUGUGGACCGAAUUCUUCGAGGACCAAGCGCCUAUCCAACCGUAA